CUAGCAAAUAAUUUUGUUUAUAAAGGAUUAAAAUAUUAAUUUAUCUUACGAACUUGUACACAAUGAGAAAUUAACACCGCCAAAAUUAUUUUUUUUCAUAAAUUAGUUCUAUGAAAUUGCUAAUUUUUAUUGAUCAGUUCAAGUUUUGAUUAAUCAAUUCAUUUUUUCGGUCAAUUGGAAUGAGACCUAACAGAAUACACAAACAAAAAGGAUGCUAUUAAGAAUCAAACUGAAUUAAUUUGUAUGUUGAGGCAUUGUAAUAUUUUGAUCCUCUCCAAUAAAGGUUAUAUGAGCUUCAAACAAUUAUCUAACAGCAAUUAUCAUAAACAGCAAUUCCCAUAGGAAAAAUUCAAUGUUUUAUCAUAAACAGCAAUUAUCAUAAACAGUAAUUAUCAUAAACGGCCGUCUUCUCAGAUCUGAGAAGACGAGCAUCAGCUCGUCUUCUCAAGGGAAGACGAGCUGCUGCUCGUCUUCUCCGGUUGUGAGAAAACGAGCAGCAGCUCGUCUUCCCUGAGAAGACGAGCUGCUGUUUUGAGAAGACGAGCUGGUGCUCGUCUUCUGCACAUCUGUUCUUAACAGAUGUGCAUAUGUUCUCCAAGAACAGAUUCCGAUGGGUCGGCGGCGGGCGGCGGGUGGUGGUCAGCGGCGGGUGCGGUGAGUGGUUCGGGUUGGCGGGCGGUUGUAAAUAGAUUGACCGUGGGUUGGGUUUGAUUAAGUAAAUUUGAUUUGGUUUAAUUUUUUAGGGGGUAUUUUGGGUGUUUCAAUUUUGUUUUGACAUUAAAUGACGUGUCAAUUAACAUGUGGCGCCACUAUUUGUUUUUUUCCAAAAAAAGGACAGCCGCCAAAAUCAAAAGGGUAGUUUCGUCUAUAAGGGCCGUGAAUGGCGCCGCUACAAAGGUUGGGGGGUUUAGGGAUUUUUGAAAGUAUAGGGGGUUUAGGGAAGUUUAGGGUAAAAGUCGAGGACUGUCGGUGAUUAUUAGCCCAUAAUUUACACUGUUUGAAAAUCGACCAAUAUACAACAGUUUAGUCAUUCCGUCUAUUUUUAGUGUUAGUUAACCGAGUCAAAACACUUAGGGCUAGAUUCCUUUUAAAUAUAAGGGACGAAAUCAUUGACAGAAUUAAAGAGAAUUAAAGAUGGGGGACGACAUUGUUCUUUUAACUUUUUUUUUCAAUUUGGUCAUCCACUUGUUUAACUAACACCAAUAAUGGAUGGAAGAAUCAUAUCACGGGAAACAAAAAUGAAAAUUCAUAUCGUUUGAUGGACAAAAACGUAAAUUAUGACAUAUGUUGGGAGCCUGGUAUCGUAUAUAGUAAUUUGAUCUUUAUUUUAGUAUAAUUUGUUUAAUAAAAUUGAAUUUGUUAGGACUCUUAAAGGUUGAGGUUAUUGUUACAAUUUACAACAAGAAAAGAAUAAUUUCGACAAACUCAACCAGGCUUUGUUACUUCGGCAAUGGAGUCUUUGGGCUAUAAAGUUGUUUUGUUUGUUGUCUAAUUUUAGGCACAACAAAUAGCAAAAAUAGACAAAAGUGAACAAACUUGUGUAACUGCACCUGAGACAUGGUCGUUUUCUGUUACUAUGCUUUAUCUUUGAUUUCUUGACAAAGACCCUUACAUUUUAGGUUCCAUUCUGGUUUUUGAUUUAGCUUGGUCUGUUAAUGUUUGUUAGUUUGUCUGGUUGGCAAAUGCUUCAACUGCAACAAACAAACGCGUUAUUUUGUUACAGUUUGUUGCUCCACAACAGAACCAUUCAUUCCCUUUGUUUUGUCUUUAGGGAGAACCAGAAGAGAGUCAAAAAUCCAUUCUCAUUUUCAGACAAAGGCUUUUUGCUUUCUUUGGAACGAACACAAACACUCAACACAAUCAAAGGAUUGCUAAGCUUGUUGUUUUCGUUUGUAAUGACGAUUCCAGAGAAAUUUGAAGUGAUUCAAGAGAAUUUGGAUGUGAUUCCAGAGAAUUUAGUUGUUAUUCCAGAGAAAUUUGAUGUGAUUCCGGAGAAUUUGGUUGUUAUUCCAGAGAAAUUGGAUGUGAUGCCAGAAUGUGAUAUUACAGCAAUGAUUCCGGAGAGCAAUUCUACAUUUGUUGUUCCGGAAUUGGAUGUGAUUUCAGAGGAUUUGGUUGUCAUUCCAGAGAAAUUGGAUGUGAUUCCAGUUGUCAUUCCAGAGAAAUUGGAUGUGAUUCCAGAGGAUUUGGUUGUCAUUCCAGAGAAAUUGGAUGUGAUUCCAGAGAAAUUGGAUGUGAUUCCAGAGAAUCUGGUUGUUAUUCCAGAGAAAUUGGAUGUGAUUCCAGAGGAUUUGGUUGUCGUUCCAGAGAUAUUUGAUGUGAUGCCAGAGAAUUUGGUUGUCAUUCCAGAGAAAUUGGCUGUUAUUCCAGAGAAUUUAGAUGUGAUUCCAGAAUGUGAUGAUACAUCAAUGAUCCUGGAGAGUGAUACUACAUCUGUUGUUCCGGAUACUAUAUCACUGACCCCGGAAGCUAAUUCCGCUAAUCUAGUCCCUAAAAGUGGUUUUCCUAAGGUUAUCUCAAUCAGUUCUCAGCCUACUCAUGGUCAUGUAAGAAGGUAUUCAACCGGGAAUAUCGGUGUCCCAUUCAAAAGUAGUGUAAAGAUUCUCUCCCGUUAUCUUGCAGCUUCGAAGGGUUCCUGCCAUGAUACUUGCAAAUAUGGAUCAAGACUUGAUUUUGAAACAAAGACACCAAGCAGUCCCAAUUCAGGUAAAAGGACAGAAAAGCAAGGUAAAGGGCCGGAGAUUCGGAAAACUAUACCUAAUUCAGCCGAGAGAAAGACGAAAUUAUCAGUCAGUUUUACGCCAUCUACGGGUUCCAAAAGCCAGAAACCUGACUGUCCUACUAUUCCCAAAACAGAAGUUUCAUUACAGGCUACGAAUGAAAACGCCUUGGUGAAACAGAUCUCAUUGCCUCUCCAGGGAGUAGCUUCGAAGCCGAAGUUUAUGAUAUCAAAGUCAUCUGCACAGCAGCAUUCAUGCAAUAAAGAUAAUGGUGAUGUACUUUACAGAGAAAACAAACUCAAAAGCAUUGAAGAAAAGAAGGUCUCUUUAUCGGAUGGAAAAAAGCAUUCAGCACGGGCAACUACUUUGUCUGCCCUUCGAUCAGUUAAGAAGGUUUUGGCAAGACAAAUUAUUUCGUUGUCUCCUAAACGUUCGAGAAAGAGAGUUUCAAACAUAGAUGCAGAAAGACUCAAGAGUCUGAAAGGGCUUUCUCCUUUAAAGGAUCACAAUAAUGCUGGAGAAGCUGAGUUUGUGCAGCCUAGCAGCAAACCAAGUUCCGAGAAUAGAAUCAUCAGUCCGGCUAAGAAAGAUUCUGUUUCUGCGUCUCUGUGGUCAUCUUAUAAAGAUAAAAGCUCGAAACUUACUAAAGAAUCUUCCCCUUCGGCACACGAGAUUUCAAGAGGGACUUUAUCCUCUGAUCAUAAGAAGAACUUGAAACGCUUUAAACAGGGAAUUAGUACCAUUCGUUCAUCGAUUUCUGCUUCUGACAACACAAAACAUGCAGAGGCUGAUCUCAAGAACAGCCCUCGAAAAGGCGGAGUCUAUAGCAUAAAAGAUAAAAGCUCCCCUGUCAGGAAGCUAAGUUUUAGUAAAGGGAAGGUCGUUGAGAUGUACCCUGCGAUGGACUCUCCAACGAGACUCAAAUAUAGGCGAAGACUCAGCGAUAGCCAAAUUGAUAUAAUCGCGCCAAGAGAGAGCAACUUAAAGAGCAUAGAUUUGCAUGCUGAUGAUGAUCAAGUUAGUGUUACAAAAUCUGAUUGUGAGAAGGUUGUUCUGAAGCAUCAAGAUGUUGAGGAAAAGAAAUCCGAGCAGCAUUUGUUGAAUGAGAUGAUUGAAGAAACGGCAACUAAGCUUGCUGAGACGAGGAAGAGUAAGGUCAAAGCUCUCGUAGGUGCUUUCGAAACAGUUAUCUCUCUGAAUGAUGGUAAACCAGCAUCAUCGGCGGAUGCUAGUUGAUUCAAACAUACAUGUACUAUUAUGUAUAUAAUUAUAACAAAAGAGAAAUGGUGUUGACAUUAGGGUGAAAUCGCGAUCUUUUGCGAAGCUGCAGCUGCAAAAUGAUCUGUCAGACAUAAUUAUUUAUUUAUUUUAAUUGUUGGUUUGUUGGCUAAAAGCCUAAAACGUUGCUUGGUGAUGAAUAUCGCUAUGUUGCUAGUUAUCAGAAAAACCAUUUGUUGUGUUCUAUGUUGCUUGGAAUGGUAAUGAAGUCGCAUGGGUUCAAUGGAA